AGCUACAUUCCUAAAAUGUUUGGCCCGGGCCACUGGGCUACUAUAAAUUGCUGGAAUGCGUCCAGGCCACAAACAUUAUUGAUGCAGAGUUCCAGACGCGUGUACAUGAUUUCCGAGUUCCAGACGCCUGUACAUGAUUUCCGGGAAGAUUACAACAAUGCAAAGAAAUCUAAUGGCUGAGAGCAGUCUCGCCCCGACCCAUUAUUUCGACAUGUGGCAUGACUAUAUGAACCUAGGGAGGAUGCUGGAGAAACUUUGUGACGUCGCAGAUCGGACAGCGACCACCUGUACCCAGCUAAAAGAGCACGUGCCGGACGCAGAGGACCACCAGACCGGUCGCCAGGAGCAACACUGGUUUCGUCUGAAUUCGAUCGGGACUGAGAGCCUGAGUUCUGCAAGCAGCAUUUCAGGAAACACGAGCCACAGCCUGGCUUCCGGUGAUUACUGCGGCUUCUGCAAGCAAAAUGGAGAAACGGCAGAGAUCUACCGGAGCCACAAACUGAAAUCCAAAGACAGCAAAGUCAUCUGCCCCAUUCUGAGGAGCUACAUUUGUCCUAUGUGUGGCGGCACCGGAGACAAAGCGCACACGCGCCGGUACUGCCCACAGCGCAACGGCGUGGUGCCGAAAUACUGGGGGACUGUGGAGUAGAAAACAGGAGGAAAAUCCAUCUGUAAAUAUUUAUGGAGAAAAUAUAUCCAACGUUCUUGUUCAGUUAGAUAGGCCUAUUGUUACCAUAUACAAUUUUUUUUACAAAGUGGCUAAUGCGCCUUUGAUGUUCUAUGAAAAAAAUAAACCUAUUUUCGUACAUAACUGAAAUCGUUUUUGUUCACG